CAUGAGGAACGGCGAGGACCUGGAGGGCUUCGACGGCGAGGCGUCCAGCGCCUCCAUGAUCUCGGCCGCCAGCAGCCCCUACCAGCCCACCACCGAGCCCGUCAGCCAGCGCCGCGGGCUGGGCGGCCUCCGCUGCGACCUGGAAUACCUGCGGGGCACCCUGGGCAGGAUGAAGGUGGCCGAGGUGGUUCUGGCGCUGACAGCGUUCAUCUGCAUCGAGACCAUCAUGGAAUGCUCCCCCUGCGAGGGCCUGUACUUCUUUGAGUUUGUGAGCUGCAGUGCCCUCGUGGUCACCGGGGCUCUCCUGCUUCUGUUCAGCCUAAAUCUUCACACGAGGAUACCACAGAUCAACUGGAAUCUCACUGAUCUGGUCAACACUGGACUCAGCACUUUCUUCUUUUUCAUUGCCUCUGUAGUACUUGCUGCUUUAAACCAUAAAACUGGAGCAGAAAUUGCUGCUGUGGUGUUUGGUUUCCUGGCAAUGGCAGUGUAUGCUGUGAACACGUUCCUGGCUGUGAGGAAGUGGCGAGUGAACAGGCAGCAGAGCAGCCGACAGACCAGCGACUACAUCCGCGCUCGGACAGAGUCCAGGGAGGUCGUUCAUCGCCCGGAGAUCCAGCGCCUGGACGCGUGACAGACCUUCCAGGGGGACUGCAAAGGGAAAACAAGUGCUUGACUCCCUCAUGGAAUAAGGGUUUUUUCUUUAUUUACGGAGGAAAAGGAAGAUCAGGGGGUGGCAGAGGAUGCCCAGCCCUGUGCGUGUGCCGCUGAGUCGGGAGCUGUUGGCUGGAGGCAGGAGAUGGUCGUUCAAAAGGAAGAGCCAUUCAAGAUCUCUACAUAUGUAUAUGCAUAUAUUAUAUAGCUUAUAUAAUAUAUUUUAUAUAUAUGUUUUGAAGUAUGUUACUGUUCUGGAUUGACUGUGCAGUGGUUUCCUUCCCUCCCUGGAGAUCCGUGUUCUUCGUCUGCCGCAAACGCUCGGGACCAGCACCCCCAGCACGCCUGGGGCGGCUCACACGGGACAGGAACCCACCAGGAGGAGGUGAGGGGCAAACAGCAAUAACUUCAGCCACGUCCCCUGUCCAGCAAACUGUGUCUGUCCAUCCCCACAGAGCCCCAUCCGCAGGAUCUCCUGCUGGCACACUCGACUGGAGGAGCUGGGAAGCAUUCCUGGUGUUUGGGGUGGUUCCUGUGCCCCUUGCAGUUCCUGUGUGUUUGGGGUGGUUCCUGUGCCCCUGCAGUUCCUGUGUGUUUGGGGUGGUUCCUGCAGUUCCUGUGUGCCCUUGGCCAGCUCUGAACUCGUGUGCAGUUGCUGGGGGUCCCUGGGAUGCACCAGUGCAAGGAGGUGGUUCUGUGCUAAUGGUGGGAUAUGUUCUAUUUUUCAUUCCAAAAUGGGAGACAGGUGGAGAAAAGGGGUUUGAGGGACACAGUAGAGAACGAAAGGGUUGUCAUCCAAUAGACUUAAUUCCAGCCAUGGCUUUCUAUUUUUUUUCCCCCUUUUUUUUUAAUUUUUUUUUUAUUUUAAGGUUCAACAUUUCUAGAAGUUUUUGCUAGAACUUGCUUUCCCUCCAAGCCCAGGGUAAGCAAGAACUAGCAAAAAAUUAUGAUGUGCUUAUAAAGUGUUUCUAAGGUUGCAAAGUUGUGAUUCAUGUAAGAGAAAUGUUUCUUUUUGGAAGGAUGGUGGUUCUAAAAUUAAAACCAUUGGUAGUAGGUAAACCUGAUUUAAUUUUUUUUGAAGUAGAUGUUUCUGCAGAUUUUUCCCCCAAAUGUUUCUUUGGAAAAUGAAUUUAGCUAAUUGGAGGAUAAUAUGGUUGUAUUGAUUUGUUUAGAAAUAGUUUUACCUAACUGAAAUUUUCUUAUUUUAAUUGUACUUCCAGUGAAUGAAUUACAUUUUUCUUUACUUAAACCUCAAAUUCUGUUCCUAAUAAUACCAUAAUAUUAUUGGGAAGAUGUCUCUUGAUGUUUUUCUGUUUCUCUGCUUGGUGUUUUUGUCCAUGUAAUUCAUUAUUUGGCAUUUGCCUGCCUGCAUGUCACAUGAAGACACUGUGGGGGAGGAGAUGUCUGGAGCUGAAUUCCUUUCUGAUGUGAGGAAAAUGAAAAUCCAUGGGAUUAGUGGGGCUGAGUGACUGUGUGCCAGGUAUGCCUGGAUCUGUGUUCUGAUGUAGCUGUACUCUGCAGGGGGUCACUGCAGGUACCUGGAGCCUUAAGAAAUAGGUUGUGUUUUAACCAUGAAAACCAGGAUACACCAACCAGGAGAUCAGUAGAAGUGCCUGGGAUAUUUAAUGCUGGAGGGAAGUGGGGUAGGGACAGGUGUGACCCUAAUUCUGCAGCAUUCAAACUGAGAGCAGAGAUUUAUCUUGAUGUGUGGGGAAAAAGGGGACAAAGGUGAUGUCUUUGAAUUUUCAGUGCACUGACAUCUGCAGUGCAUUUCACUUGGGUGGCUGAGAUGGAGAUUAAAAUUCAGAGUUACUGAUGGUUUUAAAGAAAAUUUGCAUUUUCUUAGUGAGCAGUGGUUUAUCAGUUCUGUAGUAACAUUUUAUUGUGCUUCAUUGGAAGUUAAUGCCAAAGGGGUCAGUUUAAAAGAAGAUUGAACCCUCUAAGCCUGGUGCUGGGUUUAGAACAGAGGCAUUUUAUUGUGGGGGUGUCUCACCAGGGUUGCUGUGCAUUCCUUGAGCAGGAAAUGACACUUCCAUGUUCAGUGGUAAGAAAUAAGAGUUUGUUAUUGCCAGUGGAGUUGUUCCAGCCCUGUGUUUGUCAGCACUGCCUGGCCCAGUUUGCAAGAAGAGUUUGGAGAUACUUUUGUAGAGAGUUUAUGUAUGUAGAGAUUUGGUCAGUUUUUAAUAACUGGCAGUAAAAACCCUAAAAGAACCUUUUUAAAAGUAGCACAAGCAUACCUGGACUGGACUUGUAAACUGGCAUUAAAGCAGUUUGUAUAAAGACUGUGAAAAACCCCAAACAAAACCAAAAAAAACCCAACCCGAAACAUCCCCCACCCAAACCAAAA